ACAAGUGAACUACAUGCUCAUAAAACAUGAACAAUGUUACAGGUCUCUGUUCCCUGGAGGGUUGUUCACCCAACACCUAGUUCUUAUCGCGCUGUUGGUUAUAAUGGGGUUACAAUGCAGACGACCUGACGACAGUUUUUGAACAAUUUAAGCGCCACCUCAAAGCGGAUAUUCAAUCGUUUCCUCGCGAUGCAAUUACGUAGACUUCAUUUCCUUGCCAAGAAAUAUAAUUAUCCGUGAUGACAACACAAGUUUGCCGAAAACCUUUGAAAUAGUAAAAAAAACAUAUAUUAAAAUCAAAAAGAAUAGAAAUCAAGUUUAUUUUGCAGAUUUUCGUUCUUUUUUCCCUGACGAGAUCAGAAAUGUGAAUUGUUUUCAAUUACAAAUUGGUUUACUGAUUUUCAUUACACGUCAAUUCAAAUUAAUAUCUAUUCCAUUAAUUUUUUUCUUUCAAUAUCAAAAUUUCACAUUCGUUCAUUUACAUUUUCGACAAACAAGCUUUUGAGUCUACGUGAGCUAUGAAUUAAUCAAAGAAACCAAGUUAACAACCAAUUUUUGCGGAAAAUUAUGUUUUGAAACUUAGUUUGCAGUAAUUAUAGGGAUGUGGUAUGGAAUAUUUGGUAUUCUGUAACCUUGUGUUAAAGUGCAAAAAUUCUGUGAUAUGCGCGCAAUUUACCACGAAUUAACUUGACGAAAUUAUUACACUUGAGUCGAUGAACGUUGUGAAUACUCUUACUUGGGUAUUGGUAAUUUUUUUGUCUGUUUUUGUUUCGGAAAAAGUUUUAAAGUUCUUUUUAUAGCUACAGAAGUGCAUUAUACAUCUUAAUGCAUUUAUGAAUGAACUUAAGCAUAAAUCCAGUGUUGAGUUCAUUUGCCUAAAGAUAGGCAAAAUUUGUCAAAGAGAAUUUGACAUUAAAGUUUUUUGGCGCUAAUAUAAAAAUCUUACGUUUGCUAUUAGGAAGCGUUCUUAAUCUGGAACAUUGAAUUUUUCCAGGUAAGCAACCUGCUUAACCGAAUCAUAAUCAAUUUAAUUUCCUAAUGUGAUGCCGCACGUUUUGCUUGGAGGUAACCUUUGGCAUGUAGGCAUGGUCUUUGCUUAUGAUUUGAACAGUUUUCACCAAAAUUGAAAAAAAUUUUGAGGCUUUCAUGUAAUGGUGUAAGUAAUCAAAUUCCCUGAUAUUUUUUAUAAUAAUUGAGUCCAAUAAUUUUCAAAAAAACUGAAAACUUUCAGUGGAGCCGUCUCUUAAGUUACUUCUUUAAAGAAAUUAUAUUGAUCUGUAAACGUAAAUUCGAAAAAACAAUCAUUUUUGCUUACUUUCCACCAGUCAUUGUUUUGCCUGGUUCGAGUUUGUCAUAUGAGUUUUUAACGAAUCAAAAGGGCGCUACAGAAUGGCACGACGUGCCUACUCUUUAAAUACUUUGAAGUUUGCACAGUCAUUUUUUUUAUUUAAACCUGAAAAUUCAUAUAUUUUUGAAUCGCUAGAAUUUCUUUCUGGUUUUAUUUAAUUUAAGGGUGAACCAGUCUAAGUGGUAGUUGUGCAGAUUGCAUAGCUUGUUCCAACCGUAUUAGCACUGCAAAAUUUUCAAAAACAAACGAAAGAAGAUUGAAAUUUUAAGUAUUUGCAAAUUUUUCAGUCGUAGUGAGAGAUUGGAUGUUCAGCCGAAAAUUCCUCUCAAAUUACUUUAGUUUAGUCAUUGACUUCGUUCUUCAUUAGGUUCUCGAACUGUUCAGAACAAUUUUUCUCGGACUGAGAACAUUUUUUGAAAUAAAUUUUUAGUCUGAGUCACCAAUGGUUUUAAUAUGAAUAUCAGUCAACCUUAUUCUAGCUGUUUUUGUGAUACCCGUUUUUGAAUGGAAAAACACCCUUUAACCGUAGUUCCCUUUCCUUAGGGGUGAUCAGAGCAAAAAUUGAAUGAUCAAAAAAAUAAACAAAAACAAAACUUCAAUGAUGAUUUGUUUAGAUCACAAAUGCUUGACAAUAUUUCCUUAUUGAUAAUUACUGCCAAUAUUUUGUCUUCGACUAGUGGUUUCCAAUUAUUUAGUUUUUUUUUCAUGUUUUAAUCUUCUCAGCAUCUUAUAAAGAAGCUAGAUAAGAUAAAAGAAUUUUUCCACGGUAAAAGAGAUAAGCGUUUUUUUUUGGUGGAAAAGACCAACAUACGAGCUAUUUGAUCAUCAGAACUGCUUUUAUGCAUCUAAUUGAUGUUUAUCUCCUUCUUUAAGCUGACUGGUGUUACCUCGGUCUGCAGCAACGAGUUAGCAUCUUGGUUGGCCUCAAUCAGUCAUUUUUAUUCUGAGAAGGAAUGCUGAAUUCCUACUCAGCCACUGUUCCUUGGAAAAAGAACAAUUUAUUUCUCCGUUUUUUUUUCAAAACAAAUUCAAGAAGAAAAAUAAGCAAUGGAAACAAAUGACAGAUAUUGCAAAGUAGUGAAAGAUGACAGCAUUCUUCGAAUGGGCAUACUUCAGGCAAAUUAAUUGGCAACUAUAGGUCUACCCGUCUUCUUCUUCGUCUUCUUUUUCGUCUACUCUUCUUUUUUUAUUCCUCUUCUUCCUUUUUUUUUCUUCUCAUUAUUCAUACUAUUUUCUCAUUAUUCCUACUAUUUUCUCAUUAUUCUUUGCUAUUUUACCUUAAGCCAUUGAGCGUUUGUUUAGGUGAUUAGGAGUGAUAAUUAGCAAAAUAUAUUUAGUUUUCUUAAUGGCGCUGAAAUGUGCUGUUUAGCGAAGUGUAAUUAGCGGACGUUACUCUGAAAGUUUAUCUUAUGAAGAUCAGUAACAUGCUUUCUUGUAUCUUAGGUUUUCCUAUUGUGAGAAAUUCAAUUUGUAAUAGCCGUGAGCUUGUGUUUCAGCUUGAGAGUGUAAAUUCAUCUUCUAUUUAAAAGGUUUUUAAUCAAGUUUUUGUAUAUCAUGAGUCAUCAAAUAUCUGUCAAAAGGUAUUCAAAAAACUUUACUUUUUAACCAUUUGUGGGACCCGUGUAGGGGUAGUAAUAAGGUUCAAAGCCUCAAGCGUGUUGUAGCUGCAAUUGCGUAUUGGUAAUGCUUGGCUGGCGGAGCGUCAGUUCAUAAAAUGGUUGAAUGAAAACCAGGAAUCCGGAUCAUUGAGGAAAUUGAGGCGACAGUUUCCUAGCCCAGAGGGACUCAUUGGUACAUAAGCAUAUUAAAAGCUGUGUGCGGCUGUUUUUUAAUAUAAGCCGAAAAAGGGAUAGAAUAUAUAUGCAUCUUCUCAUAUUAGAAUUCAUUCCUGGCUAAAGCAAAAACCGGCUUAUUUCAUCGUUUAUUAAAAGGUAUUAUUUCAUUUUUUGCUUUUAUAUUUAAUUCUUACUUCGCUCCUGACUCUAUGUUCGUCGAAUCAAUAUAAUAAUUGCACGUGAACUUAUGACUGUUGUGAACAUUAUUUUUUACUGCUACCCUUUAGUUUAUCUUUAAAAGUAGGAUUUUCACACCAUGUAUCUGAUUCAGUUAUUGUGUUUCAGAAGUAUGAAAGCUUGUUAAGAUAUUUGUCAUCCUGAUAAUGCUAUAUUCCUGCUAUAGUGCUCGCUUGAUGCUGCGCGAAUUUCUCUUUAAUGCAAGCUAAGUUUAUUGAGCAUCAUCAUAAUUCCUUUCAGCAUAUUUUUACUACCUAACUUUGCAGCUAUAUAAAUUCCUGGAAGUUAUGUCAACGCUAUCGCAUCAUUGUACCAACGACAGCCAACAUUCGGGUUAUUCGCAUGUAAAUGGAACUAAAGCAUCACAGAGGUCGUGUGAUUCGAAUGGUGGCGUAGAUCUCUUGCCCUCAGUCACUUUCCGAGAGUCGAGUGCUGACGAACAGAGUAGAGACGAAGAAGAAAAAACACCUUCAGACGAAGCAGGAAUUAAUUCUACCCCUUCGCCUAAAUUCAAUGAAAGUCAAAAACAUUUCCCGCCCCUCAUAAGGCAAUACACGUGUUCUCUGAAACAACCGGAGUGGGUGAUGCCUCCUCCCGGAUCAGUGCCCAACUGUCCCCCGGGACUGGAAUAUUUGACCCAAGUGGACCAGAUACUUGUACACCAGGUGGUCGAACUGCUUGAGGCAUUCACGGGUUGGGAGACGAAGAAUAGAUAUGUGUUGAAGAACACGCUGGGUCAGCAGGUGUACUACGCGAUGGAGGAGAGUGACCUCUGCAUGCGACAGUGCUGUGGGCCUGCCCGGGCAUUCGUCAUACACAUCACAGACAACAUGGAACAGGAGGUGAUGCUGAUCAGGCGACAGUUUAAGUGCUGUGCGGGAUGCUGUUGGUUCGCCGCCUGUUCCAGAUGUACAUACGAGGUCUGCAUUGAAGCCCCACCCGGACAGGUGAUUGCAUACGUCACACAACAGUGCUCACCAUGGCCGCCCAGAUUUGUCAUCCAUUCCGCCAGCGAGGCUUCCAUCGUCCAGUGUAACACAGAAGGACUGCUACUCACAGCAGCCGACAACAACAACGACACAAAUAAUCACGACACCAACUCCCCCAGUCCUGCCAUUACGUCUCCCCCUUCCUCUCUCGUUCAAAUGGGGGGCAGCACUCAAUCUAUUUCCUCCUUGACCUACACGAACAGCCACUACUGUAGAGCAAGGGAAGAGUUGUUUAUCAAGGGGCCAAUCUGUGUUUGUCAGGGGGCAUGGUGUUGUGAACAAGACUUCAUGGUGUGAUGGGCUCUCACUUCUAUUGGUAGUUUGCUUCCCAAAAGAACACCAAUUAAUGCAUGGCAAAGAAUGCGUUUUCGCAUGCUCUCUCACAAAGGUUGUGGCAUCGGACG